CAUCACAAAGUCACAAAUGGAAAAUCUGAGAGGAGGAGAUAAAUCGAGAGAGGGAGCAAGCGAGAGGGGGAGAUGGUCCAGACGGAGCCGGGGGCCAUUAAACGCACCAACGACCCGAACUGACCGGCAUUCAUGUCCCGCGUCGUCCUGCCUGCCUGCCUGCCUCUAGGCUGAGCGGGGCGGGGCUCCCCUCCCCGUGAAGUAGACUGCGAAAAAAGACGUCGUCGCACGUAGUACACGUACAGUACAGACGCAGGCGAGGCAACCAACACCGCACCACAGCGCGCAGCACUAUCGCCCCGCCAGCCGCCACCACCGCGAGGCAAAAGCCAGCCACCAUCCCUGCGCUAGCGUCCGACCACCGCGAGUCCCAACCGAACAAAAGGUCGUUCGUUGCUGUUCGUAGAGGGAGCUCGAUCCGCAGCCAUGGUGUCGUCCCCGUCCCCUUCCCCUCCUACCUUCACUUCUGCGGUGUCCGAGACCAAGCGGCAUGCUGGUGUCCCGACGACGGCCUCGGAGAAGCUGGACCAGAAGUACGCCCACUCCGCGACGCCGCUCCACGGCCACGGCCACGGCGGCGGUGCCAAGAAGACGCCGCGGCGGGGGAGGAGCGAAGGCGGCGCCGCCGACUCGGCCGCGUAUGUCGCGGCGGUGUCCUGCUCCGACUGCCGCUUCAAGCAGCGCGCCCUGGCGCCGGCGUCGCCCGGAGCCGUCAUCCGCUCGCUGUUCGUCUCCCUCACCCGACGCUCCACCCCGCGCUCCUCGCCGUCUCCGACAUCGGCCUCGGAGGGCGACGCGGGUGAGGGCGAGCAGUGGCGCCUGGCCGCGGCCGACCUCUCGCGGCGGCUCGCCGCGGCCACGCGGACGCGGGACGACGCGGUGGAGGAGACCUCGCGGCUGAAGCAGUCCCUCGCCGAGCUGGAGCUCAAGCUCGCGCGCCUCGAGGCCCGCGUGCUCCCCACGCCGGCCGCCGCCGUCUUCCCCGUCGAGUCCUUCCUCCGCGCCGUCUCCACGGCGCGCGCCACCGUGCGGAACCUCACGCGCGCGCUCUCCACCCACCUGCGCAGCCCCGCGAGCCCCGGCCCGAACCUCGAGAGCUUCCUGAACCGCGCCUUCCACGCGGACUUCGAGCUGGACACCGAGGGCGACGUCCACACCGCGGACCCGGCGGGCCGGUGCGAGGCCAACCUCGCGGCGUACCACGCCGUGGCGGCGCUGACCUGGGAGGAGGUGCUCAUCCACGGGACGAAGCACUACAGCGACGGGCUGAGCCGGUUCUGCGACGCCAAGAUGAGCGAGGUGGUGUCCUCCCUCGGGUGGGCGCGCGCCCGCCCGUGGCCGGAGCCGCUGCUGCAGGCCUUCUUCCUGGCGGCCAAGGGCGUGUGGGGGGUGCGCCUCCUGGCGCGGUCCGUGCACCCGCCGCUGCCCGUCGUGCGCGUGGACCGCGGCGCGCGCUUCGACUCGCGGUUCAUGGAGGACGCCGCGGCCUCGCGCGCCGGGCGGCUGGAGCCGGCCAGCGUGAAGAUGAUGGUGGCGCCGGGGUUCCACGUGUACGUCGCCGGCGCCGGCGUGGUCAAGUGCAAGGUCGUGUGCUUCUACAACAACAGCCGCACCGGCGGCCACAUAGGUGGCGGGAGCAGCGCCAACGGCGGCGAGGGGUUGGGGAGUAGCUGUAGCGAUAUGAAUGGUGGCGGUACGGAUGCGGUGAAGAGCUGUCAGAGUAGCAGGGUAUAGUAAAAAAAAGACACGAGGAUUGUUAUUUGUGUGGUAAAAACAGGACUUGCAUUCAAUUGAUGUGUGAAUAUGGGGUGUCAA